CUAAACAAGAAAGAUGCUUACUGAGUAAGGUGGGAUCCAACAAGAGUGUAGUACAGAAUGCAAUGAUUUAUGAAUUACUUUUUUCUAAGGUAGCUCAACAGAACAACACUUAAUGAAGAAAGGCACAGGCUUACCGGUCUGGUACAUUUGUGAUUCUUGAUGACUAACUACUUGAAGACUGGUAUGUUUGAAAUUCACCAGUUUUAGAAAUGGAAGAAAAUGAUGAACCUGAUCAGCCUAUCUCAGCAGGGAGACAAGAAAUUCGAAAGAGAAGAAGACUCAGCCUACCAAUGGUAGACAAAUCUCAGCAGACUGAAGUGACAGAGAAAAGGAAACACUUGCCUAUAUCACAACCGUCUGGCCCUAAAGCUACCCUUAGUAUUGGUAAUAUUCCUGGAAGCAAAGUCAACUAUGAAUCUCUCAGAGUAUCUUCCCAACUUCAGCAAACUUGGACAAAGAGAAAGCGAGUACAGGAUAAGACUGAUAAAUCUCUGCAAACAGACACUGCUGUAGAAGAGAAAAAAGAAGAAACCAAGUCAGUUGGUGAAACAGCGGUACCUGAAGAAAAGCCAGCUGGUUUGAGAGAAGCAGUCCCUGAAUGUCUAGAGAGUGUUCAGGAAGUAGACAUUCCACCAAGCAGACAUUCAGUUCAAUUAAAAAUAGACAGAUCUCAGCAGACCAGUUGUACUGGGGACUGGACAAUGAUGAACAUUCCUCAAAAAGAACAAGUGGACAAGGAACAGCAGACGUACUUUAGUGAAACAGAAAUAGUGGUUAUUGGCAGGCCAGAUGCCUCUUUUUCAAAGUCAAAUGAAGUUGUGCAGAAGCGUAAAUCCUCAGGGAAGAUUUUCAUUAGUGAACAUCCUGAAUUGCAACCCUCAACAAGUAAAGACGAAGCAACUGGGCAGAUAAAUACCAGCAGAUUACUAUUAAGUCAACAAAGCAUAAAAGGUUCUUUGGAACUUUCAGAAGAUGAGCAAUAUGUUCCAAGUGAAGUACAGCCUCCCACUGCAGAAGAGAUCUCUGCUGACGUGCAGCCUCUGCCAGCUGAGGAGACGGUUGCAGAAGACUCCCCUACCGAACUUCAGUUUCCGCCAACUGAAGAGGCUCCCGCAGAAAAGGGCCCUGCUGACGCAGAGCCUACCCCGGGUGAAGAGGCUCUUUCGGAAGGGCCUCCCGCUGAAGUUCAGCCUCCAAAAGUUGAAGCAGCUCUUGUUGAAGUACAGCUUUCCCCAGCUGAGGAGACUCCUCCAGAAGAGGCCCCUGCUGAAGUAGAGUCUAUCCCUACUCAAGAGGCCUUUUCGGAAGAGGGUUAUAUUGAAGCUCAGCCUCUAUCAGCUGAAGAGCCCUCUACACGGGAGGCCUCAGAACUUCAGCUUCCACCAGCUGUGGAGGCCCCUGCAGAAGAGGCCCCAGCUGAAGUUCAGCCUCCACCAAAUGAGAUGUCUCCUGAAGUUCAGUCUCCACCCAUUGAAGAGACCCCUGUAGAAGAGGCCCUAGAUGAAAUUUGGUCUCCACCAGCUGAGGAGGGCCCUACAGAAGAGGCUCCAGCUGGAAUUUGGUCUCCACCAGCCGAGGGGGCCCCCUCUGAAGAGGCCCCAGCUGAAGUACAGUUUCCAACAGCUGAAGAGGCCCCAGCUGAAGUUUGGUCUGCACCAGCUGAGGAGGCCCCUGAAGAAGAUACCCCAGCUGAAGUUUGGUCUGCACCAGCUGGGGCAUCCCUUGUUGAACUUCAGCAUCCAUCAGUUGAAGAAACUACUUUAGAAAUGGUCCCUGUUGACAAACAGUUUCCAGCAGCUCAAGAGGACUUUAUUACACAAUUCUCUAUAGAAGAUAUCCUUGCUGAAGUUCUGCCUCCACCAUCUGAACACAUUGCUGUAAAUGAGGCUUUGGUAGACCAUAUGUCUACUGACUAUCAAUAUCUCCAGACAACAGAUGUCCCAGUGGUAAAAUUAGAAUCACUGGUUUUAGGAGAUCAGCGAAAGCCUGAAGAGCCUUUAGAACUGGAUCCUGCCCCUGAAGAUUUGUCUAAUAUCAAGAGAGAACAGGUCCCUGCCUUCUAAAUGGAGGGUGUCUUUCAUAUAGAAAUAAAAAAGACCUCUUUCUCAGCUGUAAUCAGGUCUUAACUAA